CAGCGUCACAUGUUGUUUUUCUCCAGGAUCGGAUCAGUCCCCUGGUCGGGUCCCUCUCCUUUGCACUGUUCGCUUCAGCCGAUCGCGUUCACCAGGACCUGCUAUGGAUUAAUAAUAGUAGUAAUAGUAAUUUAAAAGAAAAAAAAAGAAAACGGGUUACCUUUUUGAUUUUCUUUUGCAAUCUGUGUAAUAGUAAUAAGGAGAAGAAAAAAAGGACUUUGCUGAUCUGGACUUGGAAUAGAGAAGCGGAGAGAAAUGGCAAGUCCUCCGGUGACGGGGGGACACCUGUUAUCUAAUGGGACGAACGGCGUAAAGAAGUGCGGAUACUUGCGGAAGCAGAAGCACGGGCACCGGCGCUUCUUCGUGCUCCGGGAGCCGACCGAGCGGUGCCCUGCCCGGCUGGAGUAUUACGAGAGCGAGAAGAAAUGGAGGAACAAGUCCGCCGCGAAACGGGUCAUAACUUUGGACUCCUGUCUGUGCGUAAACAAGCGGGCCGACGCCAAACACAAGCACCUCGUCGCCCUCUACACCAAGGACGAAUACUUCGCCGUGGCUGCAGACAACGAGCAGGAGCAGGAGAGCUGGUACACGGUGUUGACUGAUUUAAUUGCCGAGGGGAAGGUGUACGACAGCCCCGCUUCCACGUCCUCUUUAGUGGGCUUUGAGGAGACCAGCUACGGGCUCCUCUCCCCUUCAGCUGCUAAUUAUAAGGAGGUAUGGCAGGUCAACUUGAAAUCCAAAGGUUUGGGUCAGAUCAAGAACCUCACUGGAGUGUACAGGCUGUGUUUGUCCAGCCGGACCAUCAGCUUUGUCAAACUGAACUCUGAAACCCCCGCUGUCAGUUUACAGCUCAUGAAUAUCAGGAGAUGCGGCCACUCGGACAACUUCUUCUUCAUAGAGGUGGGCCGCUCAGCCGUGACGGGGCCGGGGGAGUUCUGGAUGCAGGCGGAGGACUCCGUGGUGGCGCAGAACAUCCACGAGACCAUCCUGGAGGCCAUGAAGGCCAUGAAAGAGCUGUCCGAGUUCAGGCCGAGGAGCAAAAGCCAGUCUGCCAGCACUAACCCAAUCUCUGUGCCCACGCGUCGCAACCUCAACAACCUGCCCCCCAGCCAGACCGGCCUGGUGAGGAGGUCCAGAACAGACAGCAUGGCAGCCACGUCCCCCGGGAGGAAGUUCACAUCCUGUCGGAUCAGAACGGCCAGCGAAGGGGACGGCAGCGUGACGCGGCCCGUGUCCAUGUCAAUAUCUGUGAACGGGAGCCCCACUAGUCCAAACUCUGGGAGUCACUUCAACAGGUGCCACACCCUCAGCAGCGGGCGCACCUGCAGGAUGCUGGAGUCCAGCUCCAACCUCCAUCACAGCCGGUCAAUGCCGGUGUCCAACUCCCCUCCAGCUGCCUCCAGCCCCAUUAGCAUGUCCCCCAGAGGGGGGGCUAGUAUCUCCACUCCGGACAAAGCCAGGAGGCCCUUCAGCUGCAGCGCCUCCAUCUCCGGCUCACUUAGCGACACUGGCUUCAUGCUCUGUGACGACUACAGCUCCAGCCCAGGUGAACCCAAGUUCCUCCCGCUGACCCGCAGCGACACCCCGGACUCCCUGUCCAGCACACCUCCGUCCCGGGACACGAGCGACCCGUGCGGUUACAUGAUAAUGGAGGGAGCGAACGGCAACAGGUCUGGCGCCGGUAGCGAGGGUCUUGCUUUUGACAAGGCGUACAGGAAGCGAACCCACUCCCUCACGACGCCACGGCAACAGAGAGUGGUGGCGCCGCUGUCCUCAGCUUCCCUGGAUGACUACACGCUAAUGAGAAUGGCCCACGGACAGAACUCCCACUCCGCCUCGCCAAAAGUGUGCUACCCAGAGGAUUACGGUGACAUAGAAAUCGGUUCAUCCAGGAGCUCCAGCAGUAACCUUGGCGACGAUGGCUACAUGCCCAUGACGCCAGGUGUAGCGCCUCAGUCUGGCAAGGGCGACAACUACGUUCCCAUGAGCCCCAUGUGUGUGUCAGCACCGAAGCAGAUUGUGAACCCUAGGGUGCAUCCUCAGGUAGCUGCCGGCGGCGGCUACAAGACCAACUCUCCUUGCAGCAGCUCUCUGGAGGACAGUGGCUACAUGAGAAUGUUUUGCGGCUCCAAAUCGUCAAUCGAGAGCCCGGACAGACACGGCGAAUACAUGAAUAUGUCACCUGGAAACCCACCUCCGCUCCAGACCCCACCUGAAAACUACCUGGGACUGCUAGGCGGUGAAUCAGUUAGGCCAGUCUACCAGAACGGCUCCCUCACGCUACCUGCUAAACUUCAGGCCUCCAAGAAUGACGACAACGGUCAGUAUGUGCUGAUGAGCCCUCAGAGUUUGAGGCAGAGGGCAGGGGAGUCAGAUUAUUAUUCAGUGAUGCACCCCAGUGCAGCUCAGACGUCGCCGCUGAGCCCCUCGAUGCCCUCCCCGGUCAGACAUAAUCGCGCCGAAAGCCUGCCGUACAGAGGGAGGCUGGGCAGGCCUAACAGGCUGUCUCUGGACACCGUGAGGACGCUGCCCAGGAUGAAUGAACAUCCCCUUCCUGGAGAGCCCAAGAGUCCCGGAGAGUACAUUAACAUUGAUUUCAGCUGCACCAGAUUCUCCCCGCCCUCCAUCAUAUCCACGGAUAGCCAGUGUUCGUCGCUGGGCUCAAGCGGCGGGGGCCCGGGGAGAUCGUCUCUGACAGACUACAUGAACCUGGAGCUGGGCUCACACUCACCCAAGGAGGCUGACACUCCAGCGGGGCGCUUGGACACGCUCCCAGAGUUAUCAGCGUGCUCCUGCUCAGAGGAGGACGGAGUGUACCAUGUGAACGGUGAGAAAGACUCUCAGGGGCUCGGCGAUGAGGUGAAAAACGACUACACCGAGAUGACGUUUGGGAUGACCAGCUCGCCACCACAGCUUGUUCGACAGAACUGUACAAGCAGCCAGAGCAGCAGGGAGGGAAGGCUCUCCCUGGAGGACCAGGGUGUCCCUGAACACAUCGGGGUCUUCCUUCUCGGCGCCACCUCCUCCCCACCCGUGGACCCCGACCGCUCCGCCAAGGUCAUCCGGGCCAAUCCGCAGGGACGCCGGCGCCACAGCUCCGAAACCUUCUCCUCCACUGCCACCGUGACCCCGGUCUUCCCGUCCUUCGCCCGCGGCGACGCAGUGAAGAGGCACAGCUCGGUGGAGAACAUCUCGUCCCGGAGCAGCGAGGGCUCGGACGAGGAGUGCGGCAGCCCGGUGAGCAGGCAGAGCUUGGCCGGAUACCCCAACGGACUGAACUACAUUGCCUUGAACCUGCUGGACAACAGGGGUGUGGAGAAAUGUGAGGACCUCGUUGGCUUCAAACCCACCAGCAGCUGCAAAGGGGGUAUCAAUGGAUUACACAGCACACCAUAUGUCUGUUUGGGAUUCAAGGAGGCUGCAACCACUGCCAAAGACUGAAGGACCUGUCUGUCCUCUGACUUUGCAUCUUGACUGACCUGCUGCUCGAAAACAAGAAAACUUAAAAACUCUGCUCUCCCACUGGGCUUUGUGGCCCCGGAAAGACUCCCGUCUUUCUGUCUCUCUGGACCCUCGGCGUCACAAACACUUUGGAAACAAGCGGGGCGGCAUCUAUGCAUGUCAUGAGUUUGCUGAAGGCGGGACAGGUGUGUUGUUGUUGCUGUUGUUGUUGUGUGUCGGAGCGUCUCAUGUUCCCUGCACUUUUAGAGGCCAUUUCUCCUGUGACCCAAAUUCUGGCAGAAGCACAGAAGCAAAGAUAGUCAGACGAUAACUAAACUCUAAUGGUACCGAGAUACUAUUUAUUUACUUGAGGGUAGCUGUAUGACUGCCUGUGUAAAUGUGUGUAAAUGAGUGCGUGUUUUUGAGACCAACUGGUGUGCCAGUGAACAAUGAUACUGCUAUAUUUACAUUCAAGAAGAGAGGGAUGAUACCAAGGUACACUGAGUAUAUGACUAUAUUAUAGAUUCGAUAUUUUAUUUAUUUUUGGAUGAUGAAUGUCUGAUAAGACCUACCCAUUGCCUUAAUGUCUAUAUGUCCUUAUGUUUUCUAUGAAAUAAGAGAUAAAUAUUCUAUUAUGGUAUGUCUGUUUGGACCUACAUCUCUAUAUUGUUAUUCUCUUGUGGAAAGUAAAAUGCCUAGUUUACCAUAAAAUAUAUAUUAUUUCAAAAAAAAUGUACAGUACAGUGGGGCUGCUUGAGAUCUGAUUUAUUGUAUUGCUGUUAAAGUAUUUUCUUAAUUACAUAUUUCUUAUUCAUUCUAACCUAGUUUAUUUUUUUGUCCAAUCAAAAAACGCUGGACUUAAAGAAAUAUAUUUCUAAAUGUCUUCAAGAGUUAUGCAUGUCUUUAUAAGUCGGCUCAGACCCCGCGUCACCAGGCAUCUGAAUGCACUGUACGUCCCACAGUUCCUCAGUCACUUGAGCCUGAAAACCUCACACACUCCUACCUUCAAACCUACGGCCUGUCGUUUAGCUCGACGCGGGCCGCCCUGCUGUGAUAUCAUUUGACUGUGCAAAUGUAUAGUUGGGGGGAGGGAGGGGGUGAUAACGGAGCGGAGAGAGGGGGAGCUAAUGUAAAACUGUAGAGGUCCGGGGCACAGGUGAGACGGUAUCUGGUCGGCAAGUGGGGGCUGAAUUAAAACGGGGGGUAAAGGGGCACUGAAAAUGUAGUGGUCUGUAGUCGCAUCUGGCGCCAUCAUGGAGGUUCACUGGAGACUUAACAGUCUGGAAAACACACAAACCAUUAGCUUCACCAUUAGCAACUGGCUAGCAUUAGCUAAGAUUAUUAGCUAUUGCCAAACAAGUUAGGAAAUGGAGCAAGAAUGUUUUGUGGUCAACUUUUAUUUCUCAGAAAAAGAAGGUGUCUUCUUUAGAGGUCGCAGGUUAACCUAAGCUAAAUAUUUUUACACGCUCCCUGGGAGCCUCCAAAAUGGCCGCCGAGGAAAAAAAUCUGCUAACGUUAGCUACCAUACGCUGAUGGUGAUACCGUGGUUGUAACACAAAACAGAUUCUCCAGGCAAAGUUUUAUUUCUCAGAAAAAGAAGCUGUCUUCUUUAGAGGUCACAGGUUAAGCUAAGCUAAAAUUUUUACUCACUUCCCAGAAGCCUCCAAAAUGGCUGCAGAGGAAGGAAACUGCUAACAUUAGCUACCAUACGCUAAUGGUGAUACCAUGGUUGUAACACAAAACUCAUUCUCUAGGCAAACUUUUAUUUCUCAGAAAAAGAAGGUGUCUUCUUUAGAGGUCACAGAUUAAGCUAAGCUAAUUUUUAUUUUAUUUUUACUCGCUUCCUGGGAGCCUCCAAAAUGGCCGCCAUGGUAUAAGCACUCUAUCGUCAUCCUCACUGUGGUCACCCACUGUGCCGACUCCAGCUGGCUCCCUUUAGUGUACAGUAGAUUGUAAAACCUUGAACCAUAUUCUGAAUGUAUCGCUGAACUGGUGCAAAUGGUUUUGACAAGAGUCGAAUAACAUUGGAGCUGUACCAUACUAAAUCGUGUUAUCUAUUUAUCUUCAGAGUCUUGAAUGUGUAUAUUUUGUACAUAGAAAGAGUUUAACUAAAUAAAAAAAAAAAGAAUCUAUUGAAUAUACCUAGAGUACUUAGAUUUUACCUAUGUUGCAAUGAUAUUCCUGUGUAAAGACUUUGGCUACCGAUUUUUAAAAAGGGGAUGGGGGUUUUUGCUUUGGGGUUGUACAGUGUAUUGUAUGCUUCCCGCUGCCCCCAUCACAGUCUGAUUAUAUGAAAAAAUAAAAAUACUAUUUGUCUAUUUUAUUAUAGAAAUCUCUCUCUGCCUUGUCGACACACUUUACCCGAUGGCAUAUGCAAUAGUGACAUGACUAAAUCUAGUUUACAACUGUGGAACCAAAUGUAACAUUGCAUUGAUUUUUUCUUUUCUUUUCUUUUCUUCUGGUGAUGAACAGGGGCUUUUUUUUGCUCCUUGUACAUUUCUUUUUCUGCCAAGAGUUUUUUUUUUUUUUUCCAUCGCUGGGAACUUGUCUAAAUGCGCUUUUCCCCCCCAUUUCUGUGUCCACGGACAGGUUUUUGUUUUUCCGAUCGACCUUUGGUUGGCUCAGUUUGAAUGUGUUGUUGUCUUCCAUUGUACAUAGUUCAAUAUGCUGUUGUAAUGCUCAUGAGAAGAGAUGAUUAUAAUGAUUUAUAAAUUCUGGUAGUCAAGUAUUGCUUUUUUUUUUGUCUGUAUUCAUUAUGAAUAGCAACCUACAGAAAUAAAUGAAUUUAUUUAAAGAGA